AGCAGCAGCGUCACAUGUUGUUUUUCUCCAGGAUCAGAUCGGUCCCUGGUCUGGUCUGGUCCGACUGUACUGUUUCUUCUACCGUGGCGGACAGCGGACACAGAUAUCGGCGUCUGCUAUGGAUUAGAUACAUAAAAAACGGGUUACCUUUAAAGUUUGCUUUUGCUGCGACUUAUUGAAAAAAAAAAAAAAAAAAAAAAAAGGACUUUGCUUAUCUGGAACUUGAAAGAGAAGUCGGGAGAAAUGGCAAGUCCUCCGGCGACGGGAGGACACCUGUUAUCUAACGGGACGAAUGGGGUGAAGAAGUGCGGGUACCUGAGGAAGCAGAAACACGGCCACAGGCGCUUCUUCGUGCUCCGAGAGCCGACCGAUCGCUGUCCUGCCCGGCUGGAGUAUUAUGAAAGCGAGAAGAAAUGGAGGAACAAGUCCGCUGCGAAACGGGUGAUAACUUUGGACUCCUGUCUGUGCGUAAACAAACGGGCUGAUGCCAAACACAAGCACCUCAUCGCCCUCUACACCAAGGACGAGUACUUCGCUGUGGCUGCAGACAACGAGCAGGAUCAGGAGAGCUGGUACAGGGUUUUGACUGAUUUAAUAGCCGAGGGGAAAGUGUACGACAGCCCCGCAUCUACCUCCUCUCUAGUGGGCUUUGAGGAGGCCAGUUACGGACUCAUUACUCCCGCAGCAGCUGCUUAUAAAGAGGUAUGGCAGGUCAACUUGAAAUCCAAAGGCUUGGGUCAGAUCAAGAACCUCACUGGAGUGUACAGGCUGUGUUUGUCCAGCCGGACCAUCAGCUUUGUCAAACUGAACUCUGAGACAGCAGCUGUCAGUUUACAGCUCAUGAACAUCCGGAGAUGUGGCCACUCAGACAGCUUCUUCUUCAUAGAGGUGGGCCGGUCGGCGGUCACCGGGCCCGGGGAGUUCUGGAUGCAGGCAGAGGACUCUGUGGUGGCGCAGAACAUCCAUGAGACCAUCCUGGAGGCCAUGAAAGCCAUGAAGGAGCUGUCUGAGUUCAGGCCGCGGAGCAAGAGCCAGUCUGCCAGCACGAACCCCAUCUCUGUGCCCACCAGACGCAACCUCAACAACCUACCCCCCAGUCAGACGGGCCUGGUGAGGAGAUCCAGGACAGAUAGCAUGGCAGCCACGUCCCCAGGGAGAAAGUUCACAUCCUGUCGGAUAAGAACGGCCAGCGAGGGAGAUGGAAGCGUGACCCGGCCUGUGUCCAUGUCCAUAUCUGUGAAUGGGAGUCCCACCAGUCCAAACUCUGGGAAUCACCUCAGCAGGUCUCACACCCUCAGCAGUGGACGCACCUGCAGAAUGCUAGAGUCAUCCUCCAACUUGCAUCACAGCCGGUCCAUGCCGGUGUCCAACUCCCCUCCAGCCGCCUCCAGCCCCAUUAGCAUGUCUCCCAGAGGGGGGGCUAGUAUCUCCACUCCUGACAAAGCCAGGCGGCCUUUCAGCUGCAGCGCCUCCAUCUCUGGCUCCCUCAGCGACACCGGCUUCAUGCUGUGUGAUGAUUACAGCUCCAGCCCAGGUGAACCCAGAUUCCUCCCCCUCACCCGCAGUGACACCCCUGACUCCCUGUCCAGCACGCCUCCAUCCCGUGACAUCAGCGACCCCUGUGGCUACAUGAUAAUGGAGGGAGUGAAUGGCAGCAGGUCUGGCGCUGGCGGUGAUGGUCUGGCAUUUGACAAGGCUUACAGGAAGCGGACGCACUCCCUCACCACACCACGUCAACAGAGGGUGGUGGCACCGCUGUCCUCAGCCUCUCUGGAUGAGUACACACUCAUGAGGAUGGCCCACGGACAGAACUCUCACUCUGCCUCGCCCAAAGUUUGCUACCCCGAGGAUUAUGGAGACAUUGAAAUCGGUUCAUCCAGGAGCUCCAGUAGUAACCUUGGCGAUGAUGGCUACAUGCCCAUGACGCCAGGUGUAGCACCCCAGUCUGGAAAGGUAGACAACUACGUGCCCAUGAGUCCCAUGUGUGUCUCAGCACCGAAGCAGAUUGUGAACCCCAGGGUGCAUCCUCAGGCGGCUGCCAGCAGUGGCUACAAAACCAACUCCCCCUGCAGCAGCUCUCUGGAGGACAAUGGCUACAUGAGAAUGUGGUGCGGCUCCAAAUCCUCCAUGGAGAGCCCAGACAGGCAUGGUGAAUACAUGAACAUGUCACCUGGAAACCCACCUCCACUCCAGACCCCCCCUGACUACUACUUGGGCAUGAUGGCUGGUGAACCUGCAUCAGUGAGGUCAGCUUACCAGGCCGGCUCCCUCACGCUACCUGCUAAACUCCAGGCCUCCAAGAAUGAAGAUAACAGUCAGUAUGUGUUGAUGAGCCCUCAGAGUUUGAGGCAGAGGGCGGGGGAGUCCGACUAUUAUUCAGUGAUGCAGCCCAGCACGGCUCAGACCUCACCUCUGAGCCCCUCAGUACCCUCACCUGUCAGACACGGCCGGGCAGAGAGCCUGCCCUACAGAGGGAGACUGGGCAGGCCUAAUAGGCUAUCCCUGGACACCCUGAGGACCCUACCCAGCAUGAAUGAACACCCCCUGCCUGGAGAGCCCCGGAGCCCUGGGGAGUACAUUAACAUUGACUUCAGUGGCUCCAGAUUCUCCCCUCCCUCCAUCGUAUCCACAGAGAGCCAGUCUUCAUCGCUGGGUUCCAGCGGUGGGGGCCCAGGGAGGUCCUCCCUGACAGACUACAUUAAUUUGGAGCUGGGCUCACAGUCGCCCAAGGAGGCUGACACUCCUGCUGAGCGCCUGGACACGCUCCCAGUGUUAUCCAUGUGCCCCUGCUCAGAGGAGGAUGGAGUGUACCAUCUGGCAAGUGAGAAAGGGUCUCAGGGCCUCGGCAAUGAGGUGAAAAAUGACUACACUGAGAUGACAUUUGGGAUGACCAGCUCUCCUCCACAGCUUGUUCCUCAGAGCACAGCAAGCAGCCAGAGCAGCAGGGAGAGGAGGCUUUCUCUGGAGGACCAGGGAGUCCCUCAAGGCAUUGGGGUCUUCCUGCUUGGAGCCAGCUCUUCCUCCACAGUGGACCCCGACUGCUCGGCCAAGGUGAUCCGAGCCAAUCCGCAGGGACGUCGGCGCCACAGCUCUGAGACCUUCUCCUCCACCGCCACAGUGACUCCGGUCUUCCCCUCCUUUGCCCGCGCUGACAUGGUGAAGAGGCACAGCUCGGUGGAGAACAUCUCGUCCCGGAGCAGCGAAGGCUCUGACGAGGAGUAUGGCAGCCCGGUGAACCAGCAGAGCUCGGCCGGGUACCCGAACGGACUGAACUACAUCGCUUUGAACCUGCUGGACAACAGGAACGUGGAGAAAUGUGAAGACCUGGUUGGCUUCAAACCCACCAGCAGCUGCAAAGGGGGUAUCAAUGGAUUACACAGCACACCAUAUGUCUGUUUGGGAUUCAAGGAGGCUGCAACCACUGCCAAAGACUGAGCGACUUCUCUGUCCUCUGACUUGGCGUCAUCACAAACCUGCUGCUGCUCGAUUUAAAAAAAAAAAAGAAAAAAAAAAAGAAAACAACUUUGUCCUUCCAUCGGGCUCUGUGGCCCUAAAAGACUGUCUGGACUCUCAGCAACACACACACGGAGAACCACAUACACACACUUAGGAAACAAGCAUGUCACCAUCUAUGCAUGUCGUGAAUUUGCUAAAAGCAAGACAGGUGUGUGUGUGUGUUUGUGUAUGUGUGGGGGCAUUGGUGGAUGUGUGCGUGUUGUGUAUUGGUGCGUCUCAUGUUCCCUGCGCUUUCAGAGGCCAUUUCUCCUGUGACCUAAAUUUUUUUGGCUCAAGCACAGAAGCAAAGAUAGUCAGACAAUAACAAAACUCUAAUGGUACCCAGAUUCUAUUUAUUUACUUUACGACCACCUGUAUGUGCGCGAGUGUGUGUGUUUCUGAGAACGUGUGACCACGUAUGGUAUGUCAGUGGACAAUGAAACCUACUAUAGAAAUGGCCCAGGGAGCAAGGAUACCAAGGUACACUGAGUAUAUAACUAUAUUUAGAUUAGAUAUUUUAUUUAUUUUUGGAAGAUGAAUGUCUGAUAAGACCUACCCAAUGCCUUAAUGUCUAUACUGUCCUUAUGUUUUCUAUGAAAUGACAGAUAAAUAUUCUAUUACAGUAAGUCUGUUUGGACCUACAUCUCUAUAUUGCUAUUCUCUUGUGGAAAGUAAAAAGCCUAGUUUACCAUUUAUUUCAGAAAUGUACAGUACAGUGGGGCUGCUCGAGAUCUGAUUUAUCGUAUUGAUAUUAAAGUAUUUUCUUAAUUAAUAAUUUCUUAUUUAUUCUAACCUAGUUUAUUUUUUUGUCCAAUCAAAACGCUGGACUUAAAGAAAUAUAUUUCUAAAUGUCUAUAAGAGUUCUGCAUGUCUUUGUAACUCAGCUCAGACCCCACAACACCAGGCAUCUGAAUGCACUGUACCUCCCACAGUUCCUCAGUCACUUGAGCCUGAAAACCUCACACACUCCUACCUUCAAACCUACAGCCUGUUUUGUUUUUUUAGCUCGACGCAGGCUGCCCUGCUGUGAUAUCAUUUGACGGUACAACUGUCUCGUUGAGGUGACAAUGGAGGGGGGUGGAGCCGACAAAAAAAAUAUCAAGGUUGGGGCGCACGAUCCAGGCCGGUUUCUGGUCGACGAGUUAAGGGGGGAGAGGUGUCUGCAGUGCUGCACGAGCGCUGAGGGAAGGGAGUGAAACAGAGUAGUAGGAGAAGAGAGGCCAACAGCCACAUCUGGCACCAUCAUGGAGGUUCACUGGAGAAUCAGCUGUCUGGAAAAUGUAACUAUAUGGCAGACAGCAUAAAGAAAUUAGAGCUGUCUGAAGAGAAUUAUGUAAUGUUACGAGUUAAAGUAAGACUAUGUAACUGCAUAAGCAUGCAACAGCUAUUUAACAGUUAUGAGAUGAUGCUAAUGCUAAAACACAGUGUAAUAGAUUUCUCCCUUUAAACGUCACCAACCUCCAAAAUGGCUGCCAGGGGAUUUGCCACCUGAAAGCCCUCGAUCAACAUCCUGACUGUGUGGUCUCUGCAUCGUCCACUGUGCUGACUCCAACUGGCUCGCUGCCCCUUUAGUGUACAUUAGAUUGUAUAACUUUUAACCAAGUCUGAAUGUAUCGCUGAGCUGGUGGGAACGCCACAGAAACAUAAUGUGGGGAAACGGUUCUGACGGAGUUGAAUAACAUUGGAGCUGUGCCACACUACUGUGGUAUCUAUUUAUCUUCAGAGUCUUGAAUGUGUAUAUUGUGUACAUAGAAAGAGUUUAACUAAAAAAAAAAAUUAUUGAAAAUACAUAGAGGACUUAGAUUUUACCUAUGUUGCGAUGAUAUCCCUGUGUAAAGACUUUGUCUACCGAUUUUUAAAAAGGGGAUGGGCUUUUUGCUUUGGGGCUGUACAGUGUAUUGUAUGCUUUUCUCCCUCACAGUCUCUGUGACUAUAAAAAAAAAAAAGUCUGUCUAUUUUAUUAUAGAGAUCUCUUUGCCUUGUCGACACACUUUACCUAAUGGCAUAUGCAAUAGUGACAUGAAUACAAUCUAGUUUACAACCGUGGAACCAAAUGUAACAUUGCAUCAAUGAUUUUUUUUUUUUCUUUCUGUGACGAACAGAGGCUGUUUUUGCUCCUUGUACAUUUCUCUUUCUGCCAAGUGGUUUGUUUUCAUCGCUGGGAACUUUGUUCUUGACAUGUCUCAAAGCGCUCUCCCCAUUUCCAUGUCCAUGGACAGAUUCUUCUUUCACGGACGGAUCUUGGACUGACUCAGUUUGAAUGUGUCGUCGUCUUCCAUUGUACAUAGAACAAUAUACUGUUUAUUGUGAUGCUCACGAGAGAUGAUAAUAAUGAUUUAUAAAUUCUGGUAGUCAAGUAUUGCUUUCGUCUGUAUUGAUUAUGGAUAGCAACCUACAGAAAUAAAUGAAUUUAUUUAAAGAGG